GGCGGCGGCGGCGGCGGGGGUCGCGCCUGGGGCGGGCGGCGUGGCGGCGGGCAGCCCUCGUCGUCGUCGUCUUCUCCGCCGCCGCCGGCGCCUCCGCCGCCUCAGAUCAUCCACUCGGGCCACUUCAUGGUGUCUUCGCCGCACAGCGAGCACCCGCCCAAGAAGGGCUACGACUUCGACACCGUCAACGAGCAGACCUGCCAGACGUACCGCUUCGGCCCCGCGGGCGCCCAGGACGGCGGCGGCGGCGGCGGAGGCGGAGGCGGCGGCGGCGGCCGCGAUGGGGCCGGAGGAGGCGGCGGAGCCGGAGGAGGAGGAGGAGGCGGCGGCGGAGGGGGCGGCGGCCGCGUCAGCAUCGACACCUCCCUCACCAAGCUCUUCGAGUGCAUGACCCUGGCCUACAGUGGGAAGUUGGUUUCACCCAAGUGGAAGAAUUUCAAAGGUCUGAAGCUUCAGUGCAGGGAUAAAAUCCGGCUCAACAACGCCAUCUGGAGGGCCUGGUACAUGCAAUAUUUGGAGAAGCGGAAGAACCCCGUAUGCCAUUUUGUGACGCCCCUGGACGGUUCCGUGGAGGUGGACGAGCACCGGCGCCCCGAGGCGAUUGCAGUCGGAGGAAACUAUUGGAAACGGCGGAUAGAAGUCGUUAUCCGAGAAUACCACAAGUGGAGAACCUACUUCAAGAAAAGGUUGCAGAAACACAAAGAUGAAGACCUGUCCAGCUUGGCUCAGGAGACCUACAGCAGAGAGACCCCGGUCCCUAUGGAGCUGGAAUCCAUCUUCAGCACAGACAUCCUCAUGUCGGAGAUGUCGGACACCCUCUUCUCCACCCUGUCUUCUCACCAGCCAAACUCCUGGACCAGCCCCAGAGAGACAGCACACGUGGGGAAUGCGGACAUGAUUCAGCCGGGGCUUUCUCCUCUCCAGCCAAACUGCAUGGAUACGUUUGACUUUUUCCAAGAUUUGUUCUCGAACAACAGCUCCUCCGGCAGCUUCUUUGCCAACGUCACUCCUGCUUCCAAUUCUGGCAUGGCAGACGCUUGCAGUCACUCCUCCCAGGCUUCGGACCUCUCUUUAGGGGCUUUGCACAACCCGCUCUCUGCAGGGAACUUCAGCCCCGGGCUGGUCGACGCCCCGGUGCCUGUCUCGCUCAUUCCCACCGGAGACCACUGCCUCGGCCUGAGGAGCAGGGAGGCCUCGCUGCCACCCUCCGGCUUCCUGUCUGAGCCGUCUCUGAGCAGCCAGCCUCCGUUUCUGCCUGCGUUCCCAGCACAAGCCCUCCUUCCGCCGGACGUCCCGCCUCCGCGGACGCUGCUGCCUCUGAACCCGGGCCUGGCCUCCCCGGGGCCUGUAUUUCCUCCUCCGGAGGCCCCGGAGUUCGGGCUCUGCCAGUCCUUGGUGAUCACCCACAUGGCCUCUUCCACGCCAACGCAGAACGUCCCCGCCACCGCCUUCAGCCACGGCCCGGCUGGCCUUCUAGCCACCCAGCAGCCGGCGAGAGGAGGCGUGCCUUGCAGCCUGGCCCUCCAGAGCCUCGUGGCGGAGCUGCAGCCGCGCCCGGCCUUCGCGCGCCCUGCGGCCAGCCCCAGGGCGAGGUGCAAGAAGCCGCAAAAGAUUGUGCCUGGUCCGCAGCCAGACAGGGUCUCCUUGGUGCUGAACAACGCCUUCAUCCCCCCAGCAGCCUUCCAGGGGCAGUCCGGAGCAGUGAUUGUGACGCCGGCGCCCUUGAAAAGGGACGGCCUGCUGGCCCCCCGGGUCUCCCAGCCCCACGUCGCCAUUGCGCCAUCUGGAAUGGCCGGGGCGCCCCGAGCCACGGAAUUCCGCGGCGGCAUCCUGCUCAGCCCAGGCCCGCUUUGCCCCAGCCCCCGGGCGGCUCCGGCCACCGUGCCGCGCAUUUUUUCUCCCGGCGCAAUCCAAGAAGCCUUGGUGAAAAGCGAACAGCCCCACAGCGCUGCCUCCUCACAGGCCCCUUCGCCUUCGCUCGGCCGAGAGGGCCAGCUGUCGGAGCGGGCCUCGCCGUGCCCGUCGGAGCACAGCCUCGGGCCCCCGUCCCCAGCUGCAGCCCACCCUCAGAUGGCGGCAGUGAAGAAUCGCAGGAUGAAGCAUAUUUCGGCCGAACAGAAGCGGAGGUUUAACAUCAAGACCAGCUUCAGCACCCUCAACAGCUUGGUGCCGGCCAGCUCUAAGUCAGUGAGCCACGCCCUCACGCUCCAGAAGACGGUGGAAUACAUUGCCAAGCUGCAGCAGGAGAGGUCCCAGGUGCAAGAGGAAGCCAGGCGCCUCCGGGAAGAAAUCGAGGCGCUGAACGCUACCAUCAUUUCUUGCCAGCAGCAGCUCCCUGCUACAGGGGUGCCCAUCACGCGGCAGCGCUUCGACCAGAUGCGGAGCAUGUUUGAGGAGUACGUCAAGAGCCGGACCCUGCAGAAUUGGAAGUUCUGGAUCUUCAGCAUCAUCGUCAAUCCCUUGUUCGAAACGUUCAACGGGAUGGUGUCCACCACCAGCCUGGAGGAGCUGCAGCAGACGGCCCUGGCGUGGGUGGAUCAGCACUGCUCCCUGCCCGUCCUCCGGCCGAUGGUGCUGAGCACCCUCCGGCAGUUGAGCACGACCACCUCCGUCCUGACCGACCCGUCGCGCUUGCGAGAACAAGCCAUCGAGGCCGUGAGCCAGCUCAACAAAGACGCCGGAGGACCCUAACCAAAGACGAGCGGCGUGGCCGCCUCCUCCCGCCACGGCGCUCACGGGGACCCGGGCGCCCCCUUGUGGCGGGGGUGCCUCCCAGGGUGUGCGGGGCCUUGGAAGGCCACCAAGGGACCGUCCUUGGGCGCCCUCAGGUGGGGAGGCCGACUCAGGUAACUCCGCAGGGCCAGAGACCUGCCGCACUCCGUCAAGGCGACGCGGAGAGAUCUAUGCAGCGCUCUCGUUUCCCCGCCACCUGACCUCAGGCACCGAGACUCACGGAGAGCUAUGGAGAUGGCCGCAAGGGCCCCGGGCGCUCACCGGGAAACGCACCCCCCCUCGCUUUCACGAGAUCGGUGACGCUUUUAAUUUGAUGCAAUUGCGGAGUUUGGGGUCUCGUAGUCGAAGGCCAGGAUCCAAAGAGCGGGGCGUCUGCGCGAUAGUCAGCCCCCUCCUGGAAUGGAUUGCAGAUGCCCCCAGCAAUCCGUGAAGGGGCCUUGGGGAGGGGGGCACGGGGGCCACUUCCCCUCCGCCCCCGCGUCCCAAAAGCCAGCAAGUGCUUGCAAGCCUUCUGGUGCGCCAGAAGUAGCUCUUUGGAUCCUCGCCGACGCCUAGAGUGGGACGUACCUCACUGAAGGAGAAAAGGGAACCUUUCCUCAACGGCACAAAAGCGCGCUAAACACGUAAGGGCUGCAAUAAGUAAGCGCGGUGGAUUCCCGUGGGAUAUACCCCUGAGUAGACAUGCGCGGGGUUGUGCUGCAACCUCGUGGGCCGGCUCAUUUGUUCGUUUUAAAUCGGGAUGUAUUUUAUUAGCUUUAGUUUUGUAGCAUUUCCGUAGCUCAUGUUUGCGUUCCCCCCCCCCGGCCCCUCCCACCACUGAUUUCUAGUGGCUAAAUCAAGACAUUUUGGCAGACGUGUAAAGAGUGGCUUUUGAAUUAAACUGGGCUUCAGUUUCUGCUUAAGUAGAAGCCUCUAGGUUGGUGGUUCUUGCGUGUUGUAAACAGCCUCGCAGAUAAACCUGCAACUCCGCAGCAGCCUGGCUGCCUGCCUGCCCCCUCAGGCCUACUGUAUACUGGCAUGCUGACGGCGUGAGAGAAAACGGUGGACUCUUCCGAAACAACAUUUCCCUGCCUGGUCGCCCACCGUGGAGAUUUGUUCGUCGUAGAUGAGCAGCGGUGGUUUCCAAGCCCAUGUUGCGCAGCUCCUGGUUGAAACGCUGCACAAACCGUUGCCGCGGUUGGUGCCGCAGGACAGAUGUGGGCUGGUUUUGUAACGUUAGAAAAAUUGUCCGGGCAAUACGGCCGCUUUGAGCUCUCUGGGUGGCCCUUUCUGACUCCACCCCGUUCCACCAUGGUGCUCCCUUCGUGCCUUAGUCAGGGGACUGCCUCAGACUCUUGUAAACGUUGACCAAGGUGCCGACCGAAGCCUUCGCCACGGCCAAGGCCAGCGGAGGGAAUUGGCGCACAAGGAGAGCUUCCGGGCGUGGGAUGCCAGGGCUUGCUCCUGAUCCCUUCAGCUGUAGUUCAGGGACGGGCCAGGCUCAGCGCCCCGGUAGCUUCCUCCUGAGUCUCAGAUACACGCUGCCGAAUGGUCUUCUAAGUAGGGCUUUCGCUCAAUUUAAAGAGACCGUUGUCAAACGGUUGUACUUGGGUUAGCUGAUUUAAUUGAUUACAUUACGACAAUGGAACCAGUUACUUGGGGAGGUGGUGGGCUCUCCCACACUCGAGGCCUUCAAGAGGCAGCUGGACAAGCAUCUGUCGAGGAUGCUUUAGGGUGGAUUCCUGCAUUGAGCAGGGGGUUGGACUCGAUGGCCUUAUAGGCUCCCUUCCAACUCUAUGAUUCUAUGAUUUGCCUAUGAGUGAAUCUGUCGUUCUGGAGGAGGACAGCAUUUCCACACACCCCAGGACAUCUACAUGUGUCAUCCCAGGAAUUGUCUUAGAAGAGGCAAUUCGGAACGGUGUGGCUGAGAGAAUGGAGCCACGGCUCUUCAGGUGAUGCUUUCCGGCUGCUGUUUUGAGAAGUCCUGGCAUUCAGAUAUAUUUACCUGAAUAAUCAGUGCAAUUUUUUUUUACCUGUCAAAAGGUGUGUGGUCCCCCCCCAGUUGGUUUAAUCUAACCCAUUCAUUGAUCAAACAAUGCAGCCAUGUUAUAAAUAUCUGUGAAUUUUAUAAAAUUACAGUGCAAAUGCAGCACAGAUAUCGUCCCCCUUCCUAUUUUCGGCCCUAUUUCGGCUUGAUCUGGCUUACUUCUUUUUUAGAGUAGUAAAGUGUGUGUGUGCGUGAGAGAGAGAGAGAGAGAAUGAGAGGGAAAAAGAGAGAGAAUGAAUGAAUGCCAGUGUGUGGCUGUGAUUCAAGCUUUUGCUGUGAAUCAAACUUAUUUCCUCACAUUUAACUCCUCAAGCGGUGUUUGAUCUGGAGAGAGGUGGGCCUUGCCAGAGGGGUGAGUGGUCCGGGGCUCCCCCCUUUCACUCCUUGGGGCUCAUCAGCAGCUGUUCAUGGCUGUUUCUUAAUUGGCUUCGCAUUUGCAAGAGGCCAGGCCAGGGGGCUCAAUGUUCCCUCCCUGGAACCUCCUUGGGUGUGACAGGCGCUGUGCGGACGUCUGUCGAACUCCGACUUUCUCAGGUCCCUCUUCCCAGAGGCAUCUGGCUGGCCAUGCUCUUGGCCUGAUCCAGCAGGGCUUUUCUUCCGUUCCGUUCUGAGCAAACCUGCGCAGGAGUAAACCUGUUGGACAUAUGAAGUGCUUGGCGAUAAGCUACCCUGAAACACUGUGGGACAUUUUUGCAACUUGAAAGACACAAGAAGGGGGAGGGGGAGGAUUCCCUGAAAGUGAACAUUUGCCUGCCCAACACACAUCCAGUCGCAUGGCGUCUCCCUUCGCUUUGGGGAAGGUCUCUCAGGAUCCGCAGCCUUCUCAAGCCAGGGCCUCGCCCUUGCAGGGGUUUCCCUCUGCCUGCCUUUGCGCGCGAGCGUCAUCUGAGCCUGAACCUCUUUGUUUCUCCCUGAAGUACCGUCAGCAUUUUUAUCAGCCGUGAACAGAGAAGGGUCUGACUAGCAAGCAGGCCAGGUCCUGCGCGGCUUUGGGAAGUUGCCCGUGACGCACGGAGGUUGGUUUCGACAUGAUUGUUCCACGAUCGGUUGCUUUGGGGCUGAUUUGAAUCUGAACUACACCCAUAAAUACACGUUUUGCUUUAAGAAAUGAAAUGUUGAGUUAUGUAUAGUUCUUCAAUCACUGUUUGGGCAAAAUGUGCUUCUUUUGCAACUGCAAAUGAUAAAACUUGCAUAAUUCAUUAGUUUUACUUCACUGUUUUUUAAAGAAUGUAACAAGCUUUCGAAGGUCGAGGCCUUGGAGACCUUGUCCUUCAUUGCAGCCUUGUUAUUUCUUUACUAUCGUACGAAAAGGGUGCUCUGUGGCGUCCUCUUGGAUGGCUCUCUUUCAACAAUGCAAUUGCAUUUUUCUUUUUUUACAAUUACAACCAAAAUAAAGACUAUUUUUUUGGAAGAA